GGCGUAUACACUCUGAAUGUGGUAAUUAGAAAUGAUGGAGGUAAUAAAGUAGUAAUUCUUGACUUUUCAACUGAAUGGAGUGCAAGAGGAUGUGUUGUUUCAAAUAAAGUUAGAAAACAGUAAGAUAAAGGAGAAAAAAAAAAUAAUAACAAAAAAAGAAGUUGUGUUAGUGUGGAGGUUGAUGUUUGGAUGAGGAAGUAAGAAGUACAACAGAGAAAACAUACAAAAAUAAAGAAUAAGGUGUGGUAGUGAACAGGAGUCAUGAAGUGAAUAUGAAUUGCUUACAAAUAGAGUUUGGUGAUGAAUGUAUUGAGAACUAAGAUUGGCCCUGUAUGUCGCACUUGUAAGAUAUGAGUUUGUGCAGUUCGUGAUAUCGUGAUGUAGUAGUGUGUGUGACUUGAUGAAAUGACUGGCCACAGAGGUGAAUAUGUAUUGUCCCAAAGGGAAAAACAGCCUUUGCAAUCAGCAGAAAGAGGUAUGGUAGAAGCCCAUUAAAAUACUUUUUCACUUUAGGUGAGGAAGAGAGGACGAGGCAAUUUAGAAUGUGUACAGAAAGGAAAAAAGAGAAGAAUUGGAUGUUGGUUUGAUUGUUAUGAGAAUGUUAUUUGUGCUGCAUGUAGAUUGAUUCCCAAACAAUUACGAUGGCUGUUAUGGGUGUAUAAAUUUAUUCUCAAUAUAUUUGAAAUGUAGCUGGCGUAUUUCUAUUAGAUGGUGAUGAUGUACGAAAGAGAGUUGAAAAUACCUAAAGGGGAGAAUUUUCUGAGAAUGGAGGUUAAACUGUAUGAGGCAGAGGUUCUUGUUGCCCAUGUAAUUCCAAUUCUUAGAUGUCCCUUGUAUAAGCAGGAAUGUGAGUUAGAAAUUAGAAUGUAAGUGAUGGAGGUGAUAUUGAUGCCACUGACAGGAUAGGAGACGUGAGAUGAGCUGUGAUGUGGCUGAUUCUAUAAUAAUUGUUUGUGAGUGAAUUGGUGCCCUGUGUAAAAAGAAAAAUCUGACCAAAAGGUAGUGUAUCCCAGAGUAAAGUGACUGAGGAUAUGUUGAUAAGGUGAUGUGAGCACAAUAUUAAGGGAGAGAUUGGUUAAAAGGCAUGGGUUUAAGUAAAGUGAGAAUGAGUCUGAAGAAUAUUUAGAGGUGCAUGAAUUUAACAGUGCUUGAAGCAUAUAUAGUGUAUAGGUGUAAGAAAGAAUGACUAACGAGAUAUGUUUGAGCCUUGUUAUAAAAUUUGAUUUUGAGAGUUAUAUUAUUGAGUUUUAGGCACAUUGUGUGAGUCAGGAGAUGAAAGUAAUAUUUGCGACAUUGCAAAUUAGGAAGAGGGUGGAUGGUGUUUGGAGAUUUCCAUGCAGAUGCAGAUAUAAUAGUAAGUUGCAAGAUAUGGUAUGUGUAUGAAAAUUGUAAUUGAUGGCCCUUUCCAUUGAGGUAUUGAAGCUCAUUGUCGUUUGAAAUGAGAUGCUCCCCACAUAAGUCCUGUGUUAUAGAAACUAUGUUAAUUUAAAAUGUGUGUCCACAUGAUGGAGGUACCUGAUGUGAAGUGAAAUUUAGAAUGGAAGUGGUUGUGUGUGAGAGGAUGUGAUCCAUGCCCAAAUCAGAGAAUUAGUCAUGUGUAAUGGAGAAUAAUGAUAGUGUGGAAGUAAGUAAGUGUGAGAGAGAGUGAAAUGCCAUUGGAACCACUAUUAGUGAAAUGAUUUGUAUUGAUGUUAAGAACAGGAAACAUUGAAAAUGUAGGUUUUAAAGCCUUAAAGCAUGAUGUUGAUCAUGUGAGUGGCUUUCUGGAAUGGGACUGUGUUAUUAACAUUUAUAGAAGUUAUAAGAGUGCAACUGCGGAGAGGUAGUAUGUGUUAUGAAGUAAAUCAUAGACUUGUAAUAAAGGAUCACUUGAGUGACCCUUGGUUCGACACCUCCAAGAAAACAAGGCCAACCAACAUGGGUUGCUACUUCACCGUGACGUCACGACAAGCGGUCCAAUAUGGCGAUAGUAUAUUGUUGUGAGUGGAUUGCUUUUGAGUGUCGAGCUGUGAGUUGCUGAAACUGUUGUUAUUUUGAUACAUCUCUUUCACCACCACAAAGUACUUGUCUGUUACACUAUGGUGAAUAAGUGCUGUGUACCGGGCUGUACUGAACUGAGGAAGAAGUGGACACAUGCUAUUCGACAGCAGAACUUCACUCCCUCUGAACAUUCAGUGGUUUGUCAAGAACACUUCAGUCAGAGUGACCUGAUUCUUCAAAGCACUGCAGUUGACUGGAAAACAGGGAGAACUUUGACGUUGCCUCUAGAAAACCCAAGACUGAAAGAAAAUGCAGUACCAUGUUUCCUGUCAAACUGUCCUGGUUAUAUAAGCUCAAGACAAGAUGUUUAACGAGAGCGCCCAAGCCAAAGAAGACAAUGGCUAGAAGCAGAUGCCUUAAGUAAAGCUAUAUCUGAAAGUAUAGAAACAGCUUCUGCACAAAGGGAAAAUGACAGUUUUAAAGAUUAUAGUGAAUUUUUGAAAAAAAGUGAGAAUGUUACAUUAAAUCAACAGUGGAGUAAAGUUGUGAAAGGAGAUUGUCUAUUGUUCCUGUACCUUAACUUUGAGAAAACUCCACAUGAUAUUGUGUAUUUAACAGUUUGUAGAAACCUCAGUGUUAAAUUGUAUGUAAAUGGUGUAGAGAUUGUUGCCAGCAUACUUCCAGAGAAAGUUUGCAGUGUAACUGAAGUAGAAAAUGUGAUUAAGCUGUGUACAGACUAUAUUAGUGGCAGAGAAAGUGAUUUACACAGUUAUUCAUGAAGCACUACCAGUGAAAGAAGGUAAGAGGCAGGUUGUUUCAUUCUUGAGGUCACAAUGUGCAUUAUGUCUUCAAUCCAAGGCACACCAUAAAUUUGAUCCAGAGGUUUUGAUUCUUUGUUCUGUGGUAUUUACAGUUUCUCCACAUGCUUACAAGUUUUUGCGAUCAUCUGGUUUUGUCAUUCUACCACUUCCAAACACAUUAAGGAAGCUUAGUUGUAAUAUAAACAUGAACCCAAGUAAUCCAAAUUUUUUAAGUCAUUUUCAAAUGGUUUUGUCAUUCUACAACUUCCAAACACAUUAAGGAAGCUUAGUUGUAAUAUAAACGUGAACCCAAGUAAUCCAAAUUUUUUAAGUCGUUUGAAUAUGAAGUUUCAUGUUUGGAACCACAUGAACUGUUUGUUACCUUUAUGCUAGAUGAGAUCCACAUCAAACCAUAUGUAGAUUAUAAAGGGGGAAUAUUACUGGAAUGACUUUGGAUACUGCUGAAAUAGCAACCAGUGCACAUGUAAUCAUGAUUUAGAGUAUUCUUUCUGCUUUCAAAACUGUUGUACAUGUAUUGCCUGUGAAAAAACUGAAUGCAGAGAGCUUGUUUAAUGUAGUAAGAACUUUAGUAGUAGGUAUAGAAGCAGCUGGCUUUCAGGUUGUUUCACUUGUUACAGAUAAUAAUGCCAUUAACAGAAAAUGUGUUACAUACUUUGCAAAUCCACCACAAGCCUGUUUUGUAUACCCAUCUCCUACAGACGGUAAAAGACCAAUGUUUUUUCUGCAUGACCCUGUCCAUGUUUUUAAGUUCAUAAGGAACAACUGGAUGAAUCUGAAGAGCCACAGGCAAACAUUUUGUUAUCCAGAUUUUGAUAAUUCUGAUAUUGUUAGGUACGCAUCUUUUGCUGCAGUUAGUGAAGUUCAUGACUUAGAAAGCCAAAAACUGUUAAAAUAUGGUUAUGGGUUGUCUGUGAAAGCCCUGUGGCCUUCAUCUUUAGAAAGGCAAAAUGUUAAGCUGGUGACUCAAAUAUUCAGUGAUUAUGUAGAAAGUAGCAUGGUUGAGUUGGGGCCAGUUCAUAAUGUAGAAAACUGGGAAGGUACUGCUACAUUUAUAAAUCUUAUUAGGACUUGAUGGGGGAUUGUCAAUGUUAAAGCACCUCUGAAGGAACUUCACCAUAAAGAAGAAAUGCAGAAGCCUCUGACCAACAAAGCAGGAGACAUACGUUACAGUUUUCUUGAUAAAUUUCUUACUUAGUUUGUCUGUGGAAACACACACAGCACUUCGACUCACAGCAUAUGGCUUAAUGAAAGUAACUGAAUACUGUUGCAAGGAACUAAACAUAUCAUAUAUUCUGCCAGGUAAGUUCCAGGCUGAUUCUCUGGAAGCAAGGUUUGGUCUAUAUAGACAGUUAUCAGGAUGUCAGUAUCAUAUCUCACUUAGGCAGUUGUUAGAAACUGAAAAGAAGUUAAGACUGUUAAGACUCAUGACUGUUUUAGAACUCAAUGUUCACCCACAAGAGAAGCUGAGAAUUGUACAGAUGCACAGUUGUGAUGAAAGUACUGAGAGCAGUGUGAAUGAUAGUGAAUAUACCUUUGAUGUCAAUAUUAGUGAAGAUGAUUUAAAAAAUGUUGAAUCUGAACUCCCAGUUUUAACUUACAUUGCUGGUUUCUGUUGUCACUCAUUGAUUAGGAAACUUCAGUGCAGUGACUGCACAGAUUUUUUGAUACUGGAUAGGUCAACGACAACUGAGAAAAAAAUGUUUAAUUUAUUUAGACAAUUGGACAGAGGAAGUUUGAAAUUCCCACGUGAAUUUCCUGUGACAGUAGUUAUGUAUAGUUACUUGACUCUACAAAAGUUGUUGGCAACAUCAUCAUUCCUGAAGCUGCUGAAUCAAAGAGCAGUAGCAGCUGAACUAAUUUGGAAAAUAAUUAUGGCUGCUGAUCUGUUGUGUGAAAGUUCUUGUCCGCAGCACACUGCAUCAUAAAUGUGUAAGAAAAUUAUAUGGACCACUGUAAAUAUAAUACUAAAUAAUUUUUGUAAAAAGAAAAAUGAUGAAACUUCUGUGCAGUCUCUCCAAAGUUCUAAGAAGAGGAAACUUCUAAUACUAUGCCACAAUUUGCAAUAAACUUUUUUUAAAAUUUA